AUGACGAGGAGUAGCAGUCCUGCGAUAAGUACAGACCAUCACGAUCACAACCUUUCCUUAUCACACCGACUACCAACAUGUACACACUCGCCGUUUUUGUGACAGUUCUUGGAGCUGUCUAUGGACAGUCACAUCUAUGUGACAGGAUCUGUAACUCCCAGUAUAGUCCAGUAUGUGGUACUGACCGUCACACAUACAGUAACAUGUGUAAACUACAAAUUGCUGAGUGUUACGCUCGCCUUAAAGGUCAGCACAUGACCUUGGCCCAUACCGGAAGUUGCCGCUCCAUCUCGACUCAGCCUCACUCUACCCAUUGUGACACAAUCUGUGAUGACGAAAGUGGUGACAGCGCCGUGUGCGGCAGUGACGGUAUCACAUACGAUAGCCAUUGCGACUUUGAAAAUGCAAGGUGUCUGGCCGCUAGGCAACAUGGUUUGCUGAGCAUCCGACACACUGGUCAGUGUACGCAGACGGACCUCAACUGCCCAGUCCAUUGUGACACUAAGGAGAUAAGCCCGGUAUGCACCAUUGGGAACCACACCUACCGGAGCAUGUGUUUCCUGAAACAGCUGCAGUGUAGGUAUGUCCAUAUCGCCAGUAUAGCCGAGCGCUACGAGUUUGCACACAACGGGUCCUGUGAUGGCCUUGACAUCACCAAAACCUAUCAGAUGGACUGUAGUCCAUAUCAGUUAAAUGGGCAGAUCGCAGUGGAAGGUGGUCAUCAGGAUAUCCUUUUAAAGACCUGUGAUCGGACGUACAACCCUAUCUGUGGGACCGACUUACGCACUCACACUAACCUGUGUUCCUACUGUCACGGCAUUGCCAUGCAACAUAAACUCGGUACCAACCUCACCGUUUCAGUCAUUGCAGAGACCGUGUGUCCAUCCUACCUAUCAUCACACAUUGUUGUUGGUUAACCUAUCCUAGCCAUUAAAUCUGUCAAAGCAA